AGAAAGUGUUUUGUAGUAUUCGCAACGCUAACUGAACUAGUCACAAAUUCCAUCCAGGGGGAUUCUUGGCUUUUUUGCUUGGUGCCACUGCGUGCACCUAACCUGAUCGGACUGUAAACUUUUCGUAAGUUUUGGCGCGAAUAGCAUGACGCGAGGGUUAACCGCUUUUUCUUAGCGAAACGCUUUUUUUCGCCUUUAUUUUCUUGCGUCGUGACACCGAAGCCGAAGAGCUCGCUCGAAUUGGAAGGAUGAAGUGCACCACUCCUGAAAUUUCGUGGCACAAUCGUGACCCGGUGCUGAGUGUCGACAUACAGAGUGAUUUAUGCGUAAACUUGAAAGGAGAGAAGUUUUGGAGAGUAGCUACUGGAGGAGCGGACGGUCACGUUUUGAUCUGGCAUUUAACAACAACCCCGUGUGGCGGUGCUACCGUGACCUUUGCGGCAGAUCUGGAACGUCAUCAAAAAGCCGUCAAUAUCGUGAGAUUCUCCCCGUCCAAGGAAAUUCUGGCAUCAGGAGAUGACGAAUCAGCUAUCAUCCUGUGGAGAAUGAAAGACGAACGAGAGAACUCUCCACCUUCGGACAGUACUGAGAACAGAGAGCAGUGGACUUCCUGGAAGGUAUUGAGAGGGCACAUCGAAGAUAUCUACGACAUCAGCUGGUCUCCAGAUUCCAACCAUUUGAUUUCCGGAUCUGUCGAUAAUACGGCUAUUAUGUGGGACGUUCAGAAAGGUCGCAAAACCGCAAUACUGUCAGAUCACAAAGGCUUCGUUCAAGGAGUAUCGUGGGACCCUUGUAAUCAAUAUGUGUGCACUAUCAGCACAGACCGGCAAUGUCGUUUGACAAGCAUCGCUACAAAGAAAGUGGUACAACGCGUUUACAAGUCGAAAAUUCCAACGUCGGCGGGCAGCCCAUUGGAGGGAAAAAUUGUGCGUUUGUUUUACGACGACACGUUCAAAUCUUUCUUCCGUAGGCUGACUUUCUCCAUAGACGGAUCGCUGAUACUCGUUCCUUCAGGAAUAAUCGAGUCGCAGGAGACUACGGAGACUAUAUCGAACGCCACGAUAGUAUUCUCUAGGCAGAACAUGAAGGAACCGAUAAUGAUCUUGCCCACUCUAAGUGAAUGCACUAUAGCGGUACGGUGUUGCCCUGUAUAUUUCGAGUUGCGGGAGGACGGUCCGGAUGCUCUGAUAACGCUGCCGUACAGGAUGGUAUUCGCUGUUGCAACGCAAAGCUCCAUAUUAAUUUACGAUACACAGCAGAUUUUCCCGAUCGGUAUGGUAUCGCUCAUUCACUACGGCAGACUGAACGAUCUUUCGUGGUCCAGUGAUGGCCGAAUUUUAAUUGUCUCUUCAAGCGACGGUUACUGCUCCGUAAUACAUUUCGAAGAGAACGAACUAGGUAAGAUUUACAAAGCGACCGAUUCCGCGAGCACGAUACAGACAACGUCCAGGAUCAAAAAUCCUGGCAAGAGAUCUUCGAGCAACGGAGUCAAAGAUAUUACCUUCAGAAAUAAUAAUGUCUCGACGUUCGAUGUGGACGAUAGUGCAAUGGAUAUUGAUCUUGCGGAGUGUGAUACAAUCGAGAUGGCGAAUGAUCGAUCUGAGGAACUUAACGAACGGAGGUCAGACAAAGUCGAGAGUGGUCGGAGUAUUAUUACGUCCAAAAUUGCUGAUUUGAAAAUAGACAAGAAAUCGAUCGAGGAGGAAGAAACGGAAGACAUCAAAUUAGUGUAUGAAGAGAGUACCAGUGACACGUGCAAAACAAAAACGAAGGAUAGUCCGUUGAAAACUGAUGUGGCUCCAACUAUAAGUAAUAAUAAAACGCCUAGGAGAGUAAAACUGAUAACUUUAUCGAGUCCGAGGGAAGUCAAAAAACAAUGAUCUAUUGUACAAAGGAGAGAUUGUGUCUUCCUAAGAUUAUAUAGCUUUUAAUUGUAUUUUAAUUAUUUGUCCAAUGUAAAAUACCAGUUGCGAGACUGCGAACACGAUUUUCCGAGCUUUGUUGUAAGAAAAAUAUAUAUUUGUUAUAAAGCAUGUAUA